CUGUUUAACGGGGAAUGGUGCUCUGCUGGGAGGUCAUAGCGGAGAGACGACUCCAAUUUCAAACAAAACGCCCAAAAACUCUUGUACGAAGGGCCCCAAACUGUAGACGCGCUUUUUAUCUGAAAUACCGUCGCUGCCCUUUCGCUAUAAAACAGUGAUAACAAGCAUUACAGUAAUUAUAUGCGAAACCCGAUGGCCAUUCCGUAACCGCCUAGCACUGACCGCCAAAAACCCUAGCUAUUCAUCGUUUCAGAGACACGCAGAGAGAUUUCUCUCUCUCUCUCUCUCUCUCUCUUUCUGACUUCUUUCCUUGAAUGAAUGAUUGCACUUCACGUGUCGCACACCUCGAUUCUCGCUGCGUUUCUCUGAUUAUUGCGUUGACGAUUUUCAUUCUUUUUGUGAUUGGUGGAACUCGGUUUCUCCAUCGGUUUCAAUCGCCAUGUCUAAGAGGGUUCUUUGCAAGUUCUUUGCCCAUGGGGCAUGUCUGAAAGGGGAGCGUUGCGAGUUUUCACAUGAUUGGAAGGAUCCUUCAAAUAAUGUUUGCACCUUCUAUCUGAAAGGAGUCUGUGCAUAUGGUAGCCGAUGCAGAUACGAACAUGUUAAGCCUUUGCGUUCUGAGUCUCCUGGUUCAUCCUCUUCAACUAGUUCCAGGCAGUCGCUGGUUUCUGAUUCUUCACCUUUAGGUCAUCAUUCACAAAACUUAUCAGGCGGAGUUUUUCUAACUCCAGGAGUUCUUACAGAGCUCUCUGCUUUAAGUAGACCUUUCUUUCCUUCAAAAGAACCUGCAUGGAAGGUAGAGUCCGAGCAACUUGAUUUUGUAGAUGCUGGUAAUAUUGGAGGGCCUAGGACUAGUGGACCAGCUGACCGGCCUAUCUGUUCAUUUGCUGCUGCUGGUAAUUGUCCUCGUGGAGAAAAUUGUCCUCAUAUACAUGGAAACAUAUGUCCCAUCUGUGGAAAACAAUGCUUGCAUCCUUUUAGACCUGAAGAAAGAGAGGAGCAUCUGAAGACAUGUGAGAAAAAGCAGAAGAACCUUGAGGCAUUGAAACAUAGUCAAGAAAUAGAAUGCAGCGUUUGCCUGGAACGUGUACUUUCAAAGCCUACAGCAGCUGAACGGAAGUUUGGGCUGCUCUCUGAAUGUGAUCAUCCAUUUUGUAUAUCUUGUAUUAGGAAUUGGCGUAGUAGUUCCCCCACUUCUGGCAUGGACGUUAAUAGUGCUUUGAGGGCAUGCCCAAUUUGUCGCAAGCUUUCAUAUUUUGUCAUUCCAAGUGUCAUUUGGUAUAGCACAAAAGAAGAAAAGCAGGAAAUUAUUGAUAACUACAAGGCAAAGCUUAGGUCAAUUGAUUGCAAGCACUUUGACUUUGGCAAUGGGAACUGCCCAUUUGGGACUAGUUGUUUCUAUAAGCAUGCAUACCGUGAUGGCCGUUUGGAGGAGGUUGUCCUGCGUCAUCUAGGAAAUGAAGAUGGUCAAGCAGUGAUAGCUAAACAUAUUAGGCUGUCAGAUUUCCUUGGUGAUUUGCAUAUAGAGUGAAAGGAGCCAUCUCUAUAUUCUAGUGAUAUAGAUGUCAUCAGGAAAUAUGUGUGACUUCAUUGCUGAGUUAUCUUUUGCUUGUGUUCACUGCUGUUGUUUGUAAGAUUCGGGUUCCUGGGAGCGAGCCAGUCGUGGAAGUGCAUGCCUGGUUAUGUGACGAAGUACGCACUGCACCUUUUAUUAAAAUUGCAAUAAAAACAUGGAGAGCAUAGCCGGCUAAAGGGCAGGGCCAAAGUUGCCUUUGCCUGGGGUCCAAAAGAAAAGGAUCCAUUAUAGAAAUUAAAUAUAUGCUACCGUUUAUAAUGUUUUUUUGGCAUCAGUUUUUUUUUUUUUUCCCCAUUUUAUUUAAAUUCUCAUAAUGAAAAGGAAUAUUAUAUUUCAUAGGAACCAAGUAACUUCAAAUUCUAGUCUCUUUUUAAGUCA